AUGCCACAACCUUAUGAUCAAUGCAGUAUGAACGGAGGUACAGAUAGCAUUUACCUAAGGUCAUGGGCCAAGGAUUUGGGUGUACCUAUCGUCUCGAUAGACUACUCAUUGGCUCCUGAACAACCCUUCCCUAGAGCUUUUGAAGAGUGCUUCUUUGCCUACGCAUGGGCGGUCAAGAAUGCACCGUAUCUAGGAUCCACAGGAGAGCAUAUCUGUCUAGCUGGAGACAGUUCUGGAGGUAACCUUUGUACAGCCGUAGCCAUGAGAGCAGCAUCCUACGGCAUCCAGGUCCCUGACGGAAUUGUCACCAUGUAUACACCUUUUGUUAUUCAUCACUCCCCUUCCCCUUCUAGACUACUGUGCCUUUUUGAUCCGCUCUUGCCGUUUGGAGUCUUGAUGCGAUGUCUCUCCGCCUACGUCGGUCUUAAGGAGGAGUUCAUGUCAGAAGAGAAGGUGUCGACCGUGGUUGACACCGCCAAUGAUCGCAUCCUCGGUUCCCCUAAGAGGUCUUCCAUCAAGUCAGAAGAAGGUUCACCUGUUGAUGGAGAGAUGGAGAAGAAACUUGAAGAGGAGGAGGAAGAGGAGAAUGGUAACAGUACUAAAGUGACCACACCAACGUCGAAGGAAGGCAUCAACGGUGAUAUCAUCGUUCCACCACCAACGGACACUGUCUCUUCGUUCAUGGAGGAAGUCCCUCCAACAGACAUUGAGAAGUUAGAGCAAGUCAGUGAUGCCAUUGACAACGCAACGAUAGGUCAAGGUGACGGACAAACGGAAACCAAUGGUGACCAGUCCAGCACCGAAGCCAUUGCAAUCUUUGACCCGUCUCAUCCUCCAAACUCGGAGGAUCUUUCAAUCAGUCUUCCAGCGGACGUCGAUGCCAUCUCCUUGGACUCCAAACCUGAAGCAGACCGCGAGUCAGAGGACACCGUGCCGUUAUCACCAAAGAGCAGAGAAGAUCUUCACCUUGAUUUGAAGGAGGAAGGACUAGUAACGGAUGAAGACGUCCAGACUCCUACAUCCUUUGUGAAUUCACCCAUCAGGGUUUUCAGGGAUGCACCUAUCAUGAGGAAUCCUUACGUCUCGCCUCUCUUCUCAGACGAAGAGCUUCUCAAGGGCCUUCCUCCUGUUCAUAUUAUUGGCUGCGCUUUAGACCCAUUACUGGAUGACUCAAUCAGCUUUGCUAAGAAGCUUCGUGGCAUGGGUAAGCCCGUCUUCUUGGAGAUCGUCGAUCACCUUCCCCACGGCUUUCUAAACUUCUCAACGGUCGGCAAGGAAUGUAAAGAGGCGUCCAUGGUGUGUGUACGCCACAUUAUGCAUGUACUCUAUGGUUUCCAUGACGAUGAGUUUGAAACGCUAUCAGAAUGAGCUGAAUCCGACCCAGCGAUAAACUGUCAUCUAGUCAUUUUAAGAUGUUUGUUCAUGUUGUGUCAAUCUGUCAACUACUGAAUUCUCUUUAUGUCCGUAGGCUUGAUACAUGGGCCACUGGGCUUCAGUCUGUUCAAAGUGUGGCGUUAUCAUGGGGUAUGUGUAACGAAACUGACAAAACCUUGCUUAUGAUAUCCAGAGUGUGGAAUUACCAACACAGAUAUGCCCAAAUGGGGCCAUGUAUUCUAAUCCCAAGGCACAAGUGAACAGAGUCACCCAUCUUUCUUUGCUUAUUAUUCAUUGAUUCCUAGAAAUACGAUUAAUUUAUUUAAUGGACUGAUUAAAGAGAUUUAAACUUGGCUCUACUGUGAGCAUAGCUGUGUAAAAUGGAUGAAACUUGCUGUUUUGUAUUCUUUUCAUGUACUAAAACCCUAUGGAUUAAUCUUAAUGGGCAAAACUCACUGUUGUUUUUCAGAAGGGCUACAAAAUGGCUCCAAAGCAGCUAUAAAAAGGGGUGAAAACGGCUACAAAGCAAGUUGAUCAAUGUGAUCCAUGCCUAUCUCAGACCUGCCAACCAGUAUGUUUUAGCCGUAUUUAGUACGUUUUUGCAACCAAAAUACGGCAGUACGUUUUUUCUUUAAAAAAUACGUUUUUUUUAUUUUAUUUUUUUAUCGUAAUGUAUUGAGAAAAAUCAUCUCUAUAUGUCUCUAUAUCAUAAAACGUACACAAAUAUGGUUAUUAGAUCAAUGUAACUUCAGGUAACUUUUUUUGUUUUCAAUCAUUUUGUAAAAACCAGGGUGAGAUAUACACAAGUUUCAAUGGGUUUUUUUUUUCAUCUGCAAGAGCAGUGCGCAUUUUAGCUUGCAUGCAGCUUGAGCGCCGUGAUGGGCGAGUGCGCCAAGCAUUUUAUUAUGAAAGACAGUUUUUUUGGGGAAAAUACAGUUUUUUGUAUCACAGAAUACAGUUUUUCAUUCCCAGAGGUUGGCAGGUGUGCUAUCUAUAAGAGUCUCAGAAAUUUCUACAUUGAUGGGUUAAAUACUUGAAAGUUAGUCAAUAUACACUGUAUCCCAAAUUUUGCCAAGCUUUCCUUCUCAUUUGACUUAAACAUGCAUAUCUGAUAAUGUACUGUUGUUUAAACUUGAAGGUAAAAUAGUGUUAGUAAAAUCAAGGAGGGCAUUCACAACUCCUAAAGAUCGACUGAAAUUGCCAUAACUGUGGCAGGCCAAUGUUUGCUGUCACCAUUUUUCACUUACGGAUAUCUUAGUCACAAAUCUAGAUAUUUAUAUUUUUGUAUUUUUCCAAAGAAUAAUAAGAAAGAGGAUGAAGGAGUAGAGAAAGAACGGAAGAAGGGGUGAAAAUAGAGGAGGGGAAGAGAAGAAAGAAGAGACAGAG